GGACCUCCAUACAGGCAGCUAAUGAUACUGCCGGCUGAUGCACUAUUCAUUUAAAAAUAUAAAUAAAGCAGGAUUUUGUCGCUUCAUACAAGCUCGGAUGGAACAGAUGAUGUUUGCUUUUAUUACAGUCACUUUAAUUUGACUAAUGUCGGUGGUAUUUAAGGAGGAAAUGUGUGCAUUUAUGGAGUCAAAGCUUUAAAUGAGGAUCAUGGCGUUUCCGGAGGGAGAAUCACUGGAAUCCUGGCUCAACAAAGCCACACACCCGACCAACAGGCAGGAGGACUGGGAAUACAUAAUCGGGUUUUGUGACCAGAUCAAUAAGGAGUUAGAAGGUCCUCAGAUAGCUGUGAGACUCCUGGUUCACAAAAUCCAUUCUCAAGAAUGGGAAGCCCUUCAAGCUCUGACGGUAUUAGAGGCUUGUAUGAAAAACUGUGGGCGAAGAUUUCACAACGAAAUAGCCAGAUAUAGGUUUUUAAAUGAGCUGAUUAAAGUGGUUUCACCCAAGUAUAUGGGGGACAGUGUUUCUGACAAGGUGAAGAAUAAGAUCAUUGAGAUGUUGUACAGCUGGACGGUGGCGUUUCCCAAUGAGGCCAAGAUAGCAGACGCGUACCAGACGCUCAAGAGACAAGGACUUGUGAUGUCGGACCCAGAACUGACAGUGGACAAAACCCUGAUCCCGUCCCCUCCGGCACGCCCCAAAAACCCAGUGUUUGACAAUGAGGACAUGGGGAAGUUGUUGGCUGAACUUCUGAGGAGCAAAAACCCAGAAGAUCUUCAGGAGGCGAACAGACUGAUCAAAAACAUGGUGAAGGAGGACGAGGCCAGAGUGCAGAAAAUGACCAAACGCCACAAUACACUGGAGGAAGUGAACAACAACGUCAAGCUCCUGAGCGAAAUGCUGGGUCACUACGACAGGGACCGAUCGUCAGACGCCGACCGCGAGCUUAUGAAGGAGCUGUAUGAGCGCUGUGAUAAACUACGACGCACCGCGUUCAAACUGGCCACUGAGGCGGAGGACAACGACUCCAGUUUGGGGGACAUUCUCAAGGCAAACGAUGAUUUGUCCAGAGUAAUCAGCUCUUAUAAACGGACCGUAGAAGGACAGGCGGACGACGGCGAGGGGGAAGAUCUCAGACCAGCUGCUGGUGAAGGAUGCGAGACCACAGGCACAUUGAUUGAUCUGGCUGGACUGGAUGAACCUUCCUCUCCCCCGACCGUCGCUCCUCCUUCUCUUCCUCUUCAGGUCCCGUCAGCCAAUCCCACGGCCUCGCCCAUCCCCGUGCUGCCGCCUCCUCCUCGCCGAUUGGCCGGCGGUCACGGCAGUCAGACGAGCAGCCCCAGUCACAAACCGCCUGAGCAGCAGACCUCCCUCUCCCUGCUGGACGAUGAACUCUUGUCUCUCGGACUGAAUGAUCCUCCCUCUGUGCCAAACAGACCGAAGUUGGAUGAAUUGUCUGGUCAGUGGACGUCCUUACAGGCUCCUGAUUCGGGCCUGGACCUGUUUGGGAGCAUUUCGGCUCAGAGCGCCGUCUUUCCGACAACACACACACCUGCGCAGACCUCACACACACCAGCUGUCAGUCAGGGGCUGCAGGAUCUCUCCAUGCUGGACUUUGGAGGUGGAAAGAGUGUUUCUGGUCUGAGUGGCAUCGCUGGUGGGACUUUUGGUCUUUCCGGAGGUGUGAUGGGCUCCACAGCUGCCUCUCUUCAGGCCACUAACCCGUUUGCGAGUGUGGCGGUGCCUGGUUCUCCCGCUGUGGCCCGGGCUCAGGCGGUGACGAGUGGCUCGGCUCCGGGCAGCCCUUUCUUUCAGCCCUUCUCAUCUCCGUCUCACUCGCUUCAGAGCAGCCCGGCGCGGAGCUCAGAGCCCAGCCUGUCCAACCUGUGCGUCCCGCUCGAGUCCAUCAGACCCAGUAAAGUCUUACCUGUGACGGUGUAUGAUAAGGAUGGAGUCCGUGUUCUUAUGCACUUUGCGAUGGACUGUCCGCCGGGUCGACCGGACGUCCUGGUCAUGGUGGUGUCGUUGCUCAACACGGCACCGUUACCCGUGCGAAACAUAGUGCUGCAAGCAGCCGUGCCCAAGUCUAUGCGAGUGAAGCUUCAGCCUCCAUCAGGUACAGAGAUCGCGCCCUUUAACCCCAUCCUGCCCCCCGCAUCCAUCACUCAGGUCAUGCUGCUCGCCAACCCACUCAAGGAGCGUGUGCGUUUGCGCUAUAAGCUGACGUAUCUUCUGGGAGAGCGUCAGUAUUCGGAGGUCAGAGAGCUGGAUCAGUUUCCUCCAGCGGACAGAUGGGGGUCCCUGUAGAUCUCGCCAUUUACCUGCUCGAACUCUUUAAUGUUCAUUCCAAAGUAUCGUCAUUCAUUUGUGCUGUUUAUUUAUUUUCAAUCAGUGUUUUACUGUAGCCUUGUGAAGCAGCAUUUGAUGCUUGAUGUUAUUCGCGAAAAUUCAAGCUGGAUAUUAAUACAAUAACGCAAGUCAGUGACACACAUGAUGGUCUGAAGCGAAAGCGCGUGUUUCAGAGAUUGAUCUUUUGCGUGCUGCCAUUACAGCAGUUUACCAUGGUAAUCAUAGUUUCUGUCAAAAUACCAUAGGAAAACAAUAAUUAACUGGCACUUUCAACAAAUAAGAGUACAAAGUUAUGUUUAGAAAACUGAAAAAAAAAAAAAUUUAAUUAAAUUAAUUUGAAAUAAAUUAAUUACUACAAACUUGACUAAACGAUUUAUGUAUUAAUUUAGGCUAAAUGUUAAAACUUUUACCAGUGAUAUUUUAGUAUCGAGAUACUAUAAUAGUUGUUUUUAAAAUAUUUUAAAAUUGUUUUAUUUUUGUAUUUUGUGUUUUUCAUUUACAAUUUUAUUAACUAGUUUCUCUUGUCUUUUGUCAUUUUUAUUACUAUUACAUAUUUUAUUUAACAACCUUACUUGUAACCCAUUGUAGCAUUUUAUUUAGUUAUUUUUGUUAUUUAUAUAUAUAUGUUUGUAUGUGUGUAUGUAUGUAUACAUACAUACAUACAACUUUAGUUAAAUUUUUUUAAAUAAACACGACACAAAAGAUGAAAGAGAAUUUUAUGCAAUUUUUUUGUCGUGUUUAUUUAAAAAAUAUUUAAGCAGAAAUUUAUUUAAAAACUAAAAAUCAGAGUUGUAAACUGCUCUGAACAUGUCUGAAGUUUUGGUAACAGGUUUGCAAAAAUAUAUUUAGGUAAGUGGUUCUUUUCAUUGACUACUUUUGAGAAAUCAAACAAAAUCAACCUUUUUCAAGCACUGUAGUAACUGUGGUAUUUUGGCGUAAACUGUGGUAAAUGGUGGUAAACUCAGAAGCCGAGCUGAUACUGAUGGUGUCACGUGACCUUGCUGCUGUCCGUGGAGUGUAUUUAACCGUGAUUUCACUCUGUUCUGACAGUUGUAGGUGUUCUUGCGCUCUUCACAACAAACAAGCAUUUGAACUUUGCUGUUUCUAGAGCUAGACGAUUCAUUUCCUGCAAACUUCAGCUCUCGAAGUCAUGAAGCAUCAGAACGAAUGUACCUGCAGUCAAACGAGUUUACAUGGAGAACGCUGUGAGUUUACACACGUAACGUCAGAGUAGCAUUAUGUUGUCUAUUUUGAGUUUUUAUCCACCUGUAUUAUAGUUCAACACUGUUUCUGGUUUUAUUUAUUGCUGCUACAGGAACAUUUGGACUCAAGUUUCAGCAUUACAGUCUGUCUCUGAUAGUCAACAGCCUUUAUUGACAAUAUUAGAUUUGUUUAUUUAAUUAUGACAUAUUUACAUAGUGUUUUUGCCUGCAGGUUAUGCGAUGAAGAUCUUGAUAGAGGAUGAACUGCAUUUGGUUAUGAGUUUAUCAUAAGUCUGUCAGAUUGGAUGUGUGUUGUUAGUUAUGUGGAGGCAUUGGCAGACAGUGAUUUGAUUCUUUUAAGCGCUGUAGCAGAGCAAGUGAGCAUUUUAUUACAUCAGCUAAAGGCCGCAUGUGAUUUUGGUCCCAAACAAACCUUAAUGUGUUUUGAGAAGAGGGCAGCUGCUCCUCUGAUGUGUGCAAACCGUAUAAUUCAUUACGAUCAUGUGUUUAGUCUCUGACAACAGCGAUCGAGUGAAUCUCACACAAAAAUUAUGAAUAUUUCACCCAAAGAAGCAAAAUUCAUAUUUGCAUGAAUAUUUUCUUUUUGGCAUAUUGACAUUUAUUUGCAUGACAAUUAAACAGUAAUUGUAAUUGCAUAUGUGACCCUGGACCACAAAACCAGUCUUAAGUCGCUGGGGUAUAUUUGUAGCAAUAGCCAAAAAUACAUUCGUAUGGGUCAAAGUUUUCAAUUUUUCUUUUAUGCCAAAAAUCAUUAGGAUAUCAAGUAAAGAUCAUGUUCCAUGAAGAUAUUUUGUAAAUUUCUUACCAUAAAUACAUCACAACUUAAUUUUUGAUUAGUAAUAUGCAUUGCUAAGAACUUCAUUUGGACAACUUUAAAGGCGAUUUUCUCAAUAUUUUGAUUUUUUUGCAUCCUCAGAUUCCAGAUUUUCAAAUAGUUGUAUCUCAACCAAAUAUUGUCCGAUCCUAACAAACCAUACAUCAAUGGAAAGCUUAUUUAUUCAGCUUUCAGAUUUGAAAAAUUGACACUUAAGACUGGUUUUGUGGUCCAGGGUCACAAAUGAUGUUUUUUAACAUCUUAUUUGUACUCAUUUUGGGGUGAAACCUGAAAAAAGAUUUUUGCUCUUAAGCUAGUCUUAACUUAAAAUAUCUUCUUUUUGAUUUUGGGGUGAAUUCAUGGUGAUUUUGAUGGGAUUCGUCUGAUUGAUGACAGAUUCUUGUGCGUUUGAACACAUUGGACUGUAUUUCUGAACAUCAUGGAGCAUCUCUGCUGAUUCUGACUUGUUUCAGGAAGAUGGAGGUUUCAGGGCUUUAUUGUGCAUCUGCAUCAAAGUGUUUCGAGUAUUUCUGAGGAACCUCGUCUGUGUAUUAUUAUGAAUUAUUGUGUCUUGUUUUAAGCGCCAAAGCUUCAUCCGGGAGCUGAUUCAUGAAACCAGUUUACCAAAUAAACCAGGCUUAUUUCAGUUAGUCUGACUUAUUAUCAUUUGAUUUGGUUCAAGAUAAGUCAGACUAACAGAAAUAAGCCUGGCUUAUUUGGUAAACUUGUUUUAUAAAACAGCCCCCCAGUCUGAUGUUGAUGACAAUGAUGGUUUAGGAGGACUCAUGAAAGUAUGUGGGACAAAUGUAAAUCUUCUUAAAAGUUAUUAAGGAUAACGAUGACAAUGAAGAUGCACUGCUCUGGUGUUUAAUAACGAUUCCAUCAUGUGUACUGCGCCAUUAAAGACUUCAUCAAAUGGA